CAUCAUUUCCCGCUGUUGUUCUACCUCGCUUUCUCUCCCUUCCACAGCCUCGCUCACUUCUUCAACUUCACCAUCAUAUCAAACUCAAAAUGGAGGAUUUGUUGACAAGCUCGCCACCGAAGGGCAAACCCAGUCCUUACAAUGUGGAUCUCUCUCCUGGGCAUCGGGCCUCGGAGCGGGACGCUGCUUGUCAGGGGCAGUUCGAUGACCUCCGGUCCGCAGCAAAUAACAAGGUGUGGAUGAUUAGUGAGAGAUAUUGCCAGAUUGGAGAUGGCGUUGACUCCUUUGAGCCCACCCUGCAUGAUCUCUGGUACGGCUAUUCUCUUAGCGGCAGAUAUCUCCACCACGAAAGCGCCGAACACGAUAGGUUGGUCCUUGACGUUCUCCGCAUCCGGGGGCGGGGGCCUCUGGCCAGGCCAGUACGGGGUCUCUAUGGCAUUGACAUUGCCAGAACUCCCGUCGGUGCUAUCUGGAACGAUCUACCAUAUUUCGUGGAUGGUAUGACGGAACAUUGGGUCAAUGAGUGUGCGAGUCUGGACGCGAGUCAGCGUCUCAACUUUGCGUCCUUUCUCGCCAAGCUUGCAUCCACACGUAUCGACAAGGACAGACUUUGUCAGAUCGCCCUGAUACUUUUCCGCGAGACAUUUGAGACCAUCCGACCUCUCGGUAGCCUCAACAAGCCUGGUGGACCUUACCAAACAAUUCUGGAGGUUUCUAUAGCCGAUUUGCUUCCAGCUGCCUGCGCUUGGAUCCGCGAAGCCGGAUAUAACAUUAUCCUGCUGUCAGACGUAUCAUGGCACAGCUGCUCCAACACUAUUGGGCGCCAUGGGGAGAGCUUCAUUGAGUCGAAGCUAGCCCAACGAGCCACCGUUGGAUUCAGCCCUCGGAGGUGGAUGUAUUGGCUGAAACGACUGCAUGAAAUUCGCCGCGAAGCUGAAGAACUUGGCGAGAAGCAAGUUGUAGAGCUUGCCUCAGAUGCUAUCGAGCACAUGGUAAAGAAUGUUGAGGAGAGAAACCCUGGAAUCCUGAGGGUUUAUGAGGCUGCAGGCGAUGAUCUGCACCAAGAUGAAGAUCUUUCGGGACUGAUGAAAGUGAUCAAAGGGGAAUUGCACUCCCCGGAGGAGCUGGAUGAAUUGGAGGAGUUGGAGGGUCCUAAACCUGAGUGAUGUGGUUCGCCUUAUCCUCUUUGAUACAAGAUCUAGUGUCCAUUCCUCUCAGAACUGCGACACUUGAACCCGUAACGAAUAUAUGUUGUCUCUUUACAGCUCGCGAUCCUGACAGCUUUUACUCUGUAUUUACUGCUCAGGGGACUAUCCUACUAUAUAUUUCGGAAGGCAUGUCCCUAGACUAAAACUUUUUGUGAUGCUGCCGGAUGCUCCUCGCGAUGAAGCGAGGCAUAUGACGCCUACAUACAGUUGGAACUGUU